AUGUCUCACACGCACUCCCACGAUGGCCCUGCCGGUCACUCCCACUCCCACGACGGAGGCUUCAAUGCCCAGGAGCACGGCCACUCCCAUGAGAUCCUCGACGGUCCUGGAAGCUACCUUGGUCGCGAAAUGCCCAUUGUCGAGGGCAGAACCUGGGCUGACAGGGCUUUCACCAUCGGUAUUGGAGGACCCGUCGGCUCCGGCAAGACCGCCCUGAUGCUCGCCCUCUGCAACGCCCUCCGCGAAAAGUACAACAUCGCCGCCGUCACAAACGACAUCUUCACCCGCGAGGACGCCGAGUUCCUCACCCGCCACAAGGCCCUCCCCGCCCCGCGCAUCCGCGCCAUUGAGACCGGCGGCUGCCCUCACGCCGCCGUGCGCGAGGACAUCUCUGCCAACCUCGCCGCCCUUGAGGACCUGCACCGCGAGUUCGAUACCGAUCUGCUGCUGAUCGAGUCCGGAGGCGACAACCUGGCGGCUAACUACUCGCGCGAGCUGGCGGACUACAUCAUCUACGUUAUCGAUGUGUCUGGAGGCGACAAGAUCCCCCGCAAGGGCGGCCCGGGUAUCACCCAGAGUGAUCUGCUGAUUGUGAACAAGACGGACCUGGCGGAGAUUGUCGGUGCGGACCUUGGUGUCAUGGAGAGGGACGCGCGCAAGAUGCGCGAGGGAGGCCCAACUGUUUUCGCGCAAGUGAAGAAGAACGUUGGUGUUGAUCACAUUGUCAACCUCAUCAUCAGCGCGUGGAAGGCUGCCGGCGCGGAGGAGCAGCGCAAGUCGGUUGGUGGAUCCAGGCCGACGGAGGGACUGGACACUCUCAAUGCGUAA